AUGGCGUCUGCCCCUGAUACCACGUCCAUCCCGGGUUACACCAUCUUCCGGGAGGGAGACUAUGACAGUGUUGCUGCCGCUGCCAUGCUCCCGCAGGGAACUCCCCACCCAUUAGAUCAGCUGUCCAUUAAGGAAAUCCCAGAGGCUGCUAAGCUUAUCCGCGCAUAUGCCAGCCCCAAGACUAUCAAGUUCAACUGUCUCACAUUGCGGGAGCCCCGCAAGGCCGAGUACCAAGCUUUCCGCGCAGGCAAGAUCCCUGCCCCCGAUCGUCGUGCUUUCGCCAUCAUCAUCGAGCGCGAGACUCAGCAAGUCGCCGAGGUUGUGCUCAACCUGGCCACCGGCAAGGUCGAAGAAUGGAAGGAAGUCCACGAGGCCAUGCCCACUCUGACUCUGGAGGAUCUGGAUGUGAUGGAGCGCAUUGCCCGCAAGGACUCCCGCGUUAUCCGCGCUUGCAAGGAACUCGGCAUUGACGACAUGGACAAGGUCUUCCUCGACGCCUGGGCCAUUGGUAUCGACGAGCGCUGGGGUUUCGACCGCCGCCUCCAACAAGGUCUAGCCUACUACCGUGCCUCGGAGUUCGACAACCAAUACGCCCACCCUCUCGAUUUCACCGUGGUAGCUGAUACCGAGACCGAGGAGGUUCUCAGCGUUGACAUCCGCCUCGUUAACGGUGAGCGCACCGCCGUUCCUCUGAAGGAACACAACUACCUCCCCGAAUUCAUUGGAGACAAGUACAACCACGACCGCCUCAAGCCCAUUGAUAUCACCCAGCCUCAGGGCGUUUCUUUCAAGGUCCGCGGCAACGAGCUCACAUGGGCCAACUUCAAGAUGCACAUUGGCUUCAACUACCGCGAGGGUAUUGUUAUUUCCGACGUCCGCACACACGACAUGUACGAAGACCGCGAGCGAACUCUCUUCAACCGUAUCAGUGUCGUCGAGAUGGUCGUUCCCUACGGUUGCCCUGAAGGACCCCACCACAAGAAGCAUGCCUUCGACGUCGGCGAGUAUGGUUCCGGCCUGAUGACCAACUCCCUCAAGCUGGGCUGUGACUGCAAGGGUGAAAUCCACUACAUGGACGGAGUUAUGUCCACAUCCAACGGUGAAGCAGCCGUGAUCAAGAACGCCAUCUGCAUUCACGAAGAAGACAACGGUCUCCUCUACAAGCACACCGAUUACCGUGAUGGAACUGUGAUCUCAGCCCGUGAUCGCAAGCUCAUCGUUUCCCAAAUCAUCACCGCCGCAAACUACGAGUACGGCUUCUACCACACCUUCACUCUUGACGGAACCUACAAGCUCGAAAUGAAACUCACCGGAAUGCUCAACACAUACUGCUUGCACCCAACUGAGGAAGCCGCCCCAUACGGUACCCAGGUUGCUCCCCAGAUCACAGCACACAACCACCAACAUCUCUUCUCUCUGCGUAUUGAUCCCGAAAUCGACGGCCCCAACAACUCCGUCGUGCAGAACGAUGCCGUCUCCGCAGAUGCCCCCGUUGGAUCUCCCGAGAACCCUUACGGAAACGCCUUCCUGAGCAAGAAGACUCCUCUCCGUACCGCCCUCGCCGGCGCAGCAGACUACUGCUACGAGACAAAUCGUACUUGGGACAUCAUCAACCCCAACAGAAUGAACACAAUUGCCAAGAAGCCCGUUGGAUACAAGAUCCUCAACACCUCUUGUCCUCCUCUCCUCGCCAAGCCAGGAAGCACAGUCUACAACCGCGCUGCAUUCGCUCGCAAGCCUCUCUGGGUUACUCCCUACAAGGAUUACGAGCUGUUCCCUGCUGGUGACUAUGUUUGCCAGUCUGAUGGACGCGAGAACCACCCUCACAACUCUACAAUUCUGGACUGGGCCAAGCGUAACGAGAGCAUUGAUAACACCGAUAUUGUCUGCUAUCUUCAAUUUGGUCUUACGCAUUUCCCUCGCACAGAGGAUUUCCCUAUUAUGCCUGCUGAGCCUGUUAGUAUUAUGCUUCGGGCUUCGAACUUCCAUGAGAAGAACCCUGGUCUUUGGGUUCCUCCUUCUGCUGUUUGUGUUGAUACACAGUCUAAGAAUGCUUUCUCCACUUCCUGCUGUGCGGGUAAUGCCCCUGCUAAUGGGUCAAGACUGUAA